AAAAGAAUUGAUAUACUUGUGCGCUGUUUCCAGCAAAACGAUUUGCUGAAAUUCCUUCCUCAGUUCGCGCUUUAUUAAGCGCGCACUAUUCCAAGCAAUGAGUAAUGUUAUAGCUUUGCCCGAAUCAGGGUGAAUCACGUUAACUUGAGCGAGAUAGUUUCCGGUUGGCGGCCGCCGUGCCCAUAGCUCACCUCUCACCCUCACACGUUCGCAGCUCCCGUUGUGACCGUUCAGUGCCGGACCAUGCCGCUAAAGGUUCUGUCCAUCGGAGGCGUCCUGCUGGUCGGCGUGGGCCAAAUAGUGUGCUUCGCCCUCGGCAGCCUCGCCCUUCUGGUGCCAGUGAUAGGACUCUGCUGCGGCCUUGGCGCCGCCGUGUCGAUGGUCGUCAACGAGACGGUCGUUCACCUCCACUUCGAGGCGGAGCGUCGCAAGGCCCUGUCCAUCUACCGGGCGGCCUUCUCGCUGUCGGCCAUCGCGUACCCCUUGGUGCUCGGGCUGCUCGUGAGCGAGUACGGACUGGACGGCGCGUUGCUCGUGACCGGCGCCAUAUCGCUCAACGCCCUGGCCGGCUCCCUCCUCAUGGCCAGGCCUCCGUGGAUGUCUCCGAGCGACCCCGUGCCAUCGAUACACCGGCCAGAGAACGCGGAUGCCCAGCCUGCGGCCGAAUUAGAGCAGGGCACCAAGGCAGACGCCUCCGAGAAGCAGGAUGCAUCCAAGGUGCUUUUCAUUGCACUUGAGGCGCGCUCGGCCCGUCUCAAUGCUGACCCCGGGUGUGACAGCUCUUGCGUGGCCCAUGUGACCGCGAGCCCGCGCUCCGAGUGUCGCAUGAGCUGA